AUGGAGCUCGACAGGUUAAAUUCGCCGAACACAUCAGCAAUAAUAUUCGAAGUUCUGGGCCAUCAUCUGCAAUUUUCUCAGGAUCCCAACUCCAAACAUCUAGGGACUACAGUUUGGGAUGCAUCGAUGGUGCUUGUCAAAUUUCUGGAAAAAAAUUGUAGAAAAGGAAGGUUUUGCCCAUCUAAACUGAAAGGAAAACGUGUUAUCGAACUCGGUGCAGGUUGUGGAGUUGCAGGAUUCGGCAUGGCAUUGCUUGGAUGUAAUGUGGUUUCAACAGACCAAAUUGAGGUUUUGCCGUUGCUUAUAAAAAAUGUUGAGCGCAAUACUUCUAGGAUUAUGCAGAUGAAUCCUGGUUCAGACUCCUUUGGUUCGAUCCAGGUUGCAGAACUGAACUGGGGUAAUGCAGAUCAUAUAAAGGCUGUUGGUCCACCAUUCGACUAUAUCAUCGGCACUGACAUCGUUUAUGCGGAGCAUCUCUUGGAGCCUCUUUUUCAGACAAUGCUUGCACUAUCAGGACCCAAAACAACAAUUUUGUUGGGGUAUGAGAUUCGGUCAACUAAUGUCCAUGACCAAAUGCUUAAUUUGUGGAAGAGAAACUUUGAAGUGAAAAUUGUUCCAAAAGCAAAGAUGGACAGUAAGUAUCAGCAUCCAAGUAUCCAACUCUUCAUGAUGAGCUUAAAGCAUUCGGAUGGAAACACAGAUCACGUGGCCCAAGGUAGUGAUCAGCAAGUUGAAGAGGUUAGAAAAAGUAAGCAUGGGAAGGACAAAGAUGUUGAUAAGGGUAGUUGGGUAGAUGAAGUGGAUGAUGUUGGUUGCGACAAAGUCACAGAAGAUAGUAUGCUGGUUACAAGUCUCCAGAAUGGGAAGCUUAGCGAAUGGGAAGCAAGAAGAUAUGGUUCUAUGGCUGCUCGGCUGCUUCGAGAUAUCAAGAUAACUUAA